AUGUGUACAAAUUUAGCUGAAUUUUACUAUAAACGAAAUAGCUAUGACACGGCCGUUGAGGAAGAAGGAAUAACACUUGCUAUUUUACGUGAACAAUUACCAAACGAUAUUGAUGAAAAUUUAACUUUGUUAAUUUAUGAAAAGCUUGGAAAUGUUCAUGAAUUAAAUAAUAAUGCAGAAAGGGCAAUUAAAAAUUAUGAUAAUGCAUUCAAAGAAACUGAAAAAUUUGAUACUGUAUUACAAGAUAUAAAAACGAGAAAGUCUGCUUUAUGUAUUGACAAACUAAAUCAAAUAAAGACAAAAUCAAGUUAUGUUAUUGAAGACAAUAUUAAUAAUAAACUUGAAUCCUAUGUAAAAUGUGGUGAAAUAUCAAUAAUAAUAAAUAAAUAUGGCGAUGCUAUCAUGUAUUAUUUAAAUGCGUUUUACUCAUGUGCAACAAAAUUAAACAACGACGGAACACAAACAGAUAAAGAAAUAAUAGAUGAAAUUUGUCAGAAAUUAAAACAAAAUAGUCUAGAACAAAAGGAUAUCAUUGAUUAUUAUUCGAAUAUUUCUAAUCAAGAUGCGGUAAUGAUUAAUAUGAAAAUGGGUGCAUUAAAUAGAAACAAUGGUGAUCAUAAGAAUGCAAUUAAAAACUAUGCUGAUGCUCUACAAUUAUUAAACUGUAUUGGGCAUGUAUUAACAAAAGCUGGUGAUUAUGAAGCAGCUAUUUUAUAUUGGAAUGAAAUAAGAGAGUUUAAAGAGCAAAUGUUACCAAUAAAGAUUAUUGAAAUGAUACAUUUACCAAAAUCACCAUUCAUUCAAAUAUAUAACCAAACAAAAUUAUUAAAGAAGAUUUUAUCAAAAUAUAUUUUAUCGAUUGCAGAUGGUUGUCAAAAAUGUGCCAGUUAUAGUUCAAAAUAUGGUGAUUCUUACGUUAAAUUGGCUAAUGAAGAGGAAGACGAUGAUCAAAUGUUCUUGAAGUAUCGACGUAAAGCUAUUAAAUGUUAUCAAAAUGCCAGAAAGUAUUAUAAGUGUGAAUUAAAUAUUUUAAUGAAAAAAGAAGAUAAAAAUAUUUAUGAAAACUUUGCCAAUUCCUGUGUAAAAUGUGGUGAUAAACGUAAAACAUUGGCUAGUGACGAUGAAACAGAUAAAAUAAUUUAUUAUUAUCAACGUGCUAUUCAAUAUUAUCAAUAUGCAAGACAUGAUUAUAAUAUUUUAGUAAAAACUGAUGAAAUUUAUUUGAGACAAGUUGAACAGAUUAACAGUUUUAUUCAAGAUACUCUUGAGAAAAUUGCCAAUCAUAGAGUAAAACAGAGUGAUAAAUUGGCUAAUGAUAACAACAAAGAAGAAGAUAAUCAACUUGCUAUUCAAUAUUAUGAAGGUGCUAAAUUUAACUAUAAUUCUGCAUUAAAUAUUUCAAUGAGAACAGAAGGAGGACGAGGUGAAAGUAUUAAAUUUUAUGGUAACGCUAUUGAACAGAUUAAUAAAAACAUUAAACGUAUGACUCAUAGAGCACUGGGUAAGAAUCUUCUUGUUGCUUAAUUCACUUUUUGAAGUGAGAAUUAAUCUCUGAACAACUGAGUUCUCGAUUUAAAAUUAAAUGAUCCUUUCUAUUUCUGAAUUCUGGAAUUCACACAGUAUUAUCUUGAAACUUUGCCCGACAUGGAUCCAACUCAAGCUAAUUUUCAAAUAUAUUCGAUGGAUCCGAUGGUUAUAGGUUAGACCCAUCCAGACCCAAUGCACAGUGGACAAUCAUGCGGACAUUAGAUGAAAAAGUGAAAGCACAAUUUUUCUAAAUUCAAAUAGUGUCAAGUAUACUAUGAAUCACGGGCUAUUUAAUGGUAAAAAUCUUUUUAUUCCGUGUGCUGUAGUUGGUGAGAAAAAAUGAAAAUUUCGUGUUGACGCUUAGCUCCUUAGAAAAGCGGUUUGGUAGCAACCACAGGAACAAAUAUUAUGUUAAAAUUCAUCCAUAAUCUCAAACUAGACCUGUCACUCUACGGAUUCAACCAAAAAGUUGCUUUUUAAUCAUUUCUGUUAGGAAAAACAGUUUUCCAUCUGCGCUUAGUGCUUUCCCAUACCGAUAGUUUAAGUAAAAUGAGCCUCCCUCUACAUCCCAACUCGAAACUCGUUCAGACUUUCACACAAUGUUCUUCUGCUUGCCCUCCAACUAUGGUGAAUGUAUAAACAUGCAUAAAUGCACCAGGGCCGUACAGCAGGUUUUUCAAAAUACCCAUGAUUUACGAGGUAUUUUCUAUUUUUCUCAGAAUUUUUGCUCAGAAAUGCUAUUAUUCAAUGAAAAUGACUUAUUUAGAAUCAGCGCAUCGAACUGCUUCGAAUGCCAUAGCAGUUAUAUGUUUUUAUGUGCAAGUAACAAUUUGAUUUAAUGAAAUGACAGAUAUGCAGCAUUCUCGUAGCAGUUUUGGCUAGGCACUAGGAUUUUUGCCUUAGAAGCAGCUUGAAAGCCUACGAAAACUAUUAGGUUUUCGUAUGCGCUCUUUCCAAUGGUUGGAUUUACAAUGUUCAAAAACACUUAUAGUCUGGUUUGCCAGAGACCGGAUUUCUGGAAAACCCUAAUAAUAACAUCUUUGAACUUGCAAAUGACAUAAUUGGAAAGAGCGCAUACGAAAACCUCGCUUUUCAGAAUCUUUUAUUUAAAUUCUUAAAAUGGAACAAAAGGACAAAAACAACAAAAAAAACGGUAACGUCCUAUCAUCGCUCAUUUUUAUUCACGGCUUGAACGACAGCAAGUAUUCUCAUCACUUGGUAAAUUGAAAGGAAAAGAUGUGGCUGUUACUGUCUUUGAUGAUUUGACACCGUCCGUCCGCUUUGGCUAUAUACAAGCGUGAACGUGCUCAUCUUAAGAGUGAUGGAACCAAGCGAGUGAUUUCUCGACAAGGGAAGAUAUUUAUUCAGGAUGUUAAUGUUCAGAGUCUUCAACUGGUGUCAAAGUAAAGGAGAAGUUGUUAUAUGUUUAUUAAUUAGUGAUGUUUCUUUUCUCUCGCUCGUUCGUUUAUUUCUCUUCUAUUCAUUUUAUCAAGAACCUUUUUCUGUUUACUUUGUUUCUGUUAACAGUUAGCAUUGAAUCAAACAUGAGCUCAUUUUCUAAUUUUCGCUUCCCAUCUUUUUCCCUCCCUUUCUUUCUCCCUUCAAAAACUUGGAUUCACUUAACGCACCUAUGCUGUAUAAUCCUCAUACUGUCGUCGUUCUUUCUUAUGGCGAUAGAUAAGAUUAACACAACGAGAGUAAAAUAAAGAAUUGCCUUUUUAAAUUCAAAAAGUGUACGGAAUAAAAUGAGUGAUUUGUGUGCCUAUGUUUCACUUCAGACUCCUCUGGUAUUGGGUCUGGUUGAGACCUGGCUAGAUGGUGCGGUUCUGAAUCAGCGUGUUAGUAUUCCGGGUUAUAGACUAGAGAGAAGAGAUGGAGUUGGUAAAACUGGUGGUGAGUGUUUGGUGUAUAUUUGAAGUGACAUACACUACGUAAGGGUUGUAGAAUUUGAACAUGUAGAUUAUGAAAUCCUUUGCAUUCGACUGACAUUUUCAAAUAAUCUUCAUUUUCUUGUAUUUACUGUAUAUAGAUCACGAGAAGUAUCUAAUUGGAAUCAAUUUAUUGCACAUAUGAAAAAUCUUCAUUCGCUUAUUUCUAAAUCCAAAUCCAAAUUAGAUAAAUUAAUUUUUAUUGGAGACUUUAAUGCACAUAACAGUUUAUGGUCUCAGACGAGUGUCCCGUCUACCUCUGAAGGACUA